AAGGUGAGUCUAUAUCUGAGCUAUAGCAGAAAACAGAAUCAAUAAUAAAAAGCAGCUAUGUAAAGACAAAGAUGUUUAAUUGGGCAGGAGACACUUGAGAGAUAUAGUGUUAUAAAACAGUAAAGGACCUUUCAGUUGAAGUGAUGCAAGUAGGAGUAAGGAGAACAGAGCAUGUGUGGCUGCAACAGAGGCCUCCUGUAAACUCUACAAUAAGCCAAGGAGCAUCUUCCCUCCCUUUCCCCCUUCUUUCCCCACGCCCCCAUAAACAAUCCCUCCUUUCCCCCAUCCCUGCUCACAUGAAGCUUAUCACCACGGAAGCCUCAUUCAGUUUGCAUCUCACUGAACUUGGGCUUCACUGCUGCAGCAUGUUGUAGUGAAGUACAAGGCGGUUACACAGCAAGAGAGUGAAAGCCUGGAUGAAGCCUUCGGAGGACACUUGCUAACUUCAUUGCACAGGGGACCUGUGGAAAUCCUACAGCUGGACCCAUCAUACUUCACCAUCUGGGCUACUGAAUUUAAUUAAAGAAAAAUGACCCAGAGACUCUUAGGAAAACUUUAUUCUCUGGAACAAUAUUCACGCAAAAGACUGGCCAAACAUGCAAAAGUUGAAAGCCCAGGGCUUGGGAAAUUGCAGUUAAAGCCAUUUGUCACAACCCCACUGAUAUUUGAAUUUAAAGAGGAUUAUGAUAUACCCAGUGCUAGAACAGUAAAUAUUUCCAGGCCUAAACCUGCACUGCAGUUAUCAAAAGAUGAACGGCUCUUCAGACAUCAGCAAAUAAGUCCUAGCAGGCUUAAAUCUGUGACCCCAAGACUGGCGGCUAGAAAGAGUCACUCUGGCAAACCAACUGCAAGGCCAUUUAGUGCUCCAGAUACCUUGCAAGCUAAAGCAUGUCAUCAGAAAGAGAAUCUGCGCAUGUUAAAAGAUUUUAUUUCAUUAAAACUAAACCAAAAAGUAAAACCUGCUAGCCUUGGACCAAAAGUUCACAGAAGACCAAAGUGGAACACAGAGGUUGAAAAUGUUCUGAAGUUGGAUGUCCUCUGUCAGCAAGAUAGCCAAGCCCAUUUACCGUCUACUCUUGACCAUACGGACACUUCUCAUUGGUGCCCUCCUAAAAGUGCCAGUAGUCAGAAUGAAGAGUCAUUUCUAACAGCUUUGAUGGGGGACAAGAUAGCGCAAUACAGUAUUUAUGGGGAAGCUGGCAAAUUCGUUGCUCAACAGCUAGAGAGAGACAAUAAAAUCAGAGUCUGUGUAAAUGGCCAUUUGCCAUUAGAUGGUCUGAAAGAAAGAAAUGAAGUUCCCCUGAAAGAAGAUGUUUUUAAUCUUGAAGAAACAGAAAGGAAGAAUAAUUUUCACCUGUCUAAAUCUGCUUCAGAAGAAAAGAAAAACCUCAUCUCCUUGACUAUUGAGGAUGAAAUGGAAAAACCAAAUGCCAAAAUAAUCAAUGUGGGCUCUCUGAAAGCAAAAUCUCCCAGGCCGGUAGUGAAAGUGAGUGAAACAUACCCCAUCAUUUAUGCUGAAGAAGGAUAUAUGCAAAACUUUAUUCUGAAGAAGUGGUUGUAUUUACGUGGAGAUAAAGUGUCUGAUGACUCAGAAAAGGAAAAUGGUGACAUACAAACAAGUCCAAAUUCAGUUUUACAAAACAACUGUGAUUAUGCCCUUGCCAUAGUUGGAAAGGAAGAAAACAGUAUGUUUAACGUAGCUGUGAAGGAGAAUAAAAAGCUAAAAAGAACAUUAUCCGGGAAACGGAAAAUCAAUAUUCAUAUUUUAUCUCCAGAUGGAAAAAGUAGGAGCUUAAAAGAUUCACAGAAGGAAAAAACUUUUGUGCAGAAAAUAGUUGGUAGCUUUCAUGAUGUUAAAGUACCAAUCAGUAAGCUUACAUCAAAAGACAGGAAUGUUUCAACAACAAGGGCUGAAUGUAACCCUGAUGGCCUUGUUAUACUUGGAGUGAACCCAAAAGCUGCAGCACACCAAUCUGCUAAAGCGAAUGCAGCAACCGUCGCUAAAUCUCACGGUUCUUACAGCAAGCCACUAUCCACAGUCUCCCAGCUUCAUAAAAAAGGCAGGUUAGCUCAUUCGUCACAGCUAGAUUAUAUAUCCAUAACAAAACCUAUUAAAAUACCUGACUUUCCAAAUGUCAAUUCACAGUCAUUUCACAAAAUCUCAAUGAAACGUGAUCAUUUGGAAAACAAAAGGAAUAUUCUAUCUGGGGUUUGUUUUAAGGAAAAACCUCCACCUAGUCAGAACAAUGAAGAAAUCACUGAAGUAUCCAAACCUGCCAGGUGUUCUCAACCAACUUCUUGCAAGGAAGAAACAUCAGCUGAGAUAAAGCUAAAUAAUAAGGAAUAUUACAUAGAUAGUAGGAAAGGCCAAGAAUGGGAUAAUACUAUGGAAUUCUGGAGCACUCACAGAUCUUCAGCAUCACUGAAAAAUUCAUAUGCAGUGCCAGACAACAGCCCUGAGCCUCAGCAAAAAGCAAUGCUAUCUGAACACCCAGCAUCAUUACCUGUUAACUUCAAUCAUCCAAUUAUUAGUAUACCAACCGCACAAUGUGAUGCCUCAGAAUUCAAGAUAAAAAAAGUCGAGGCUGAAUUUACAGAUGGCACUGAUACUCUAAAGGACACCAGACGCUACAAUUAACUGAUGGUAUGUCUAACAAUGGGCUACCAAAGAGAUAUUGGAUCGGUCAAUUUCUGAAAUGAGCAAUCUAGAUGUUAUGGUAAUUUUUUUCUCAGAACAGCUAUUAUUCUGUAUAUGAAUGUAUGUAAACCAUGAGAUGUUUGCCAUUACAAUGAAUUAUGAUAUAGCAAUUAUAAGGGGAUGUGUGUCUCUUAAAAAUUAAUUGAUAGGCCUUUAUUCAAUGGUUUUAUUAGGCAAACAUAAAAAGCAUUAAACUCCUAUUUCAAGCA